AUGUUCUCAAAACUGGAUGCACGUCAUAUUCAGAACAUGAGCGCGGCGACAGCUAUCGAGCCACAUUGGGGAUAUGCUGAUCGUGCCGUGCCAUGCACCAAUGAUGCAGGAUCCUGUGCCUAUCUCGACGAUGUAUACUCAUCCCACGACCGGGGAAUGCUAUACUCGGGCAUCAUGUGGUGUGUCAUUGGCGCCAUUCUACUCCUUUGGGUUAUUCUCAAUCAGUUCAAUGCGCCCACAAUAUCACCAUCACCAGCAACACAAGAACCAACGGGGUUAGUCAAAGCUCGACGUGCUUUGAUAUCUUUCACCCGUAAAUAUCUCCUACCCGAUGCAGCUCGGCUUAUCUUCGGCCGAACGACUCGCCUCCAGGUUCUCAACCUUGCCCUACUGAUGGGCUACCUUCUCAUCUUCAGCUUUGUCGGCAUCGGUUACCACAGAUGGGUCACGCCGGUUUCCGAUAUGCCUGGCGUGUACAACAUUCGUGACAGUAUUGGCCCAUGGUCAGACCGCGUCGGUACCCUAGCAUAUGCCCUCACACCGCUCUCUGUGCUGCUGAGCAGCCGAGAGUCCUUCCUCUCUAUAAUCACUGGCCUGCCAUACCAGAGUUUCAACUUCCUUCACCGCUGGCUGGGCUACAUCAUCUUCGUACAGAGCUCCCUUCAUACAAUCGGCUGGUGUGUAGUCGAGCUCAGACUAUAUCAACCACAACCUACCGUCGGAAUCGAGUGGGUCACACAAACAUACAUUGUCUGGGGCAUCGUCGCUAUGAUUCUCCUUCUCCUUCUCUUCGGACUGAGCACACCGUGGGGCAUCAGGCUCACCGGCUACGAAACCUUCCGCAAACUACACUACAUCCUCGCCAUGGUCUACAUCGGUGCCUGCUGGGCGCACUGGAAAGCACUCAAAUGUUUCAUGUGGCCUUCGCUGAUAUUCUGGUUCCUCGAUCGCGGCGCAAGGCUGGUCCGCACCGCUAUCUUACACUACCACCCCAACCACGGCGACGCUAGUCUAGGUUUCAAAACCGCCGACGCCAUAAUCACGCGCUUCCCAGACCCCGACCACGGCGACGUCAUCCGCCUCGACUUGGAUAACAACCAAGACCCCUGGGCCAUAGGCCAACAUUACUAUCUUUGCUUCACGAAGGGCAGCGUCUGGCAAUCCCACCCCUUCACGCCACUCAACCUCCCCCUCAUUUCAAACGGCACAGUGAAGCAUUCUUACCUCCUCCGUGCAAAGGGCGGCGAAACGAAAAAAGUCGCUGACCUCGCCGUCGAAACCAAAUCAACUCCCGUGAUCUUGACAGGCGCAUACGGUGAAUCAAUCACCACCCACUUAACACCUUCUACAAAUAUCAUCUGUAUCGCCGGUGGAACAGGCAUCACCUACGUUCUCCCCGUCCUUCUCGAUCUCGCCCGCCAACAGCCCUCUCCAGACCGGAAGGUCGAACUCAUCUGGGCGAUCCGCCACACUGCAAACACAGAGUGGAUUGGUGCAGAGCUCGAUAUGCUACAGAAAGUGCGCAAUACGCUCAACCUAGAGAUCCGAAUAUUCGCAACCAGAGACGCGAGCAGCAAGGCACCUUCGGAGAUCUCUGCGGAGAAUUGCAAUUUAACAGUUCCCAAGAUCGACGAGAAAGUGCAGAUUGCUUCUGAGUCUUCAUGCUGUGGCUGUGAUAAACCCACAUCGGUUGAACGGCUUGGUGGGUCGGAGGAUUUCUCUCGUCAUCCGGAUCUGCCUCAAUUAGUGAAUUCCUUCUUGGAGGACACCGUGCGUGGCCCGACUAGUGUGUUCGCUAGUGGGCCUGGAGGCAUGAUUAGUGAUCUGCGGGAUAUUGUCGCGUCUUGUAAUGACGGGGGCAAAGUCUGGAAAGGCCAGGAGAGAUUUGAUGUAAGGCUUGUCUGUGAUGAUCGCCUAGAAUGGUGA